AUCCGCUCCACCGAAGCAAGAAAAAAACCAACGGAAAAUCUCGGCUCGAGCGGCUGCAGAGAAUGGCGCCGGCCGCCGUCGCCGCCGCGGCCUUCCCCUUCCGCCUCUUCUCCGCCGAGGCCGCCCGCCGGACCGCGAAGGGCGGCCGGGGCAAGCGCGGCUCCGCCAGGCCCGUCAAGUCCCCUCCGCUUCCCCCCGCCUUGUCGUCCGCGAACGUCAUCGGCCGCAGCGCGACCACGUUCACCCGCCUCCCUCUCCGCGACGCCGCCCCCGAGUCCGCGGAGGUCCCCCUCGAGCGGUUCCCGACCGCGCCGGGCAGCCCCGAGCGCGCAGCCCCCGCAUUGCCGCGCGGGAUUGUCCAGCGGUUGGGCGUGGAGCAGGACGACGAGGAUGAGGAUGGAGAGGUGGGCCUCGGCCGCCGUGGGGAUACCGCCGUCCGCCGGCUGCCUCUGCGAGACUCGAAGGGUGGCGGCGAGCGGGCCGCAGUCGGGCAAUUCGAUGCGCGCGCGGCCAGGAGGGGCCUGAAUAAUGGUCGCGCCAUCUCGCGUCAAAUGGUCGAACACCCUGGGGACGAGGAGGAGGAGGAGGAGGAGUUCGUCGUCACCCGCUUGGACAUCUUCGAGGGCAGUAAGGGGAGGAAAGCUCGGGCUGUUCCGCCCGAGGAGCUCGACGAGGACGAUGGCGCCGUCGUGUUCGACCCGGACUACGGCGUCGACAGCGACGACGAAGACGACGAGGAAUUCGUCACGGCGGCAAACGAGUGGUCUCCAGCAGGCGACGCGAUUGCAAGCGCGAAGCUCGACGAGCUGGAGUACGACGGGGAGGACGACGACGACGCGGAGGUUGUGGUGUACCACCCAGACGACGACGAGGAAGAGUUGGAGGAGGAGGAGGUCGGCGUGUUUGAGGGCAGCGCCCACGACGACGACGAAGGGGAGGAAGCGGAGGGGGAGGUGAAGGAGAAGGGGGUGCCCGCCGUGAUGCGGUGCUUCGACACGGCCAGGAUAUACUCCAAGGCCGGCGACGGCGGCAACGGCGUGGUGGCCUUCCGGCGCGAGAAGUACGUGCCGCACGGCGGGCCGUCGGGCGGCGACGGCGGCCGCGGGGGCAACGUGUACGUGGAGGUGGACGGGGACAUGAACUCGCUGCUGCCGUUCCGCAAGUCGCUGCACUACCGCGCCGGCCGUGGCGCGCACGGCCAGGGGUCGCAGAUGGCCGGAGCCAAGGGCGAGGACGUCGUGGUGAAGGUGCCGCCUGGAACGGUGGUCCGGUCGGCCGCCGGCGACAUAGAGCUCCUCGAGCUGAUGAAGCCCGGGCAGCGAGCGCUGCUCCUCCCCGGUGGCCGCGGCGGCCGUGGCAACGCCGCGUUCAAGACGGGGACAAACAAGGUGCCCAGGAUUGCAGAGAAGGGGGAGAAAGGCCCUGAAAUGUGGCUUGAUUUGGAGCUAAAGUUGGUUGCUGAUGUGGGAAUUGUAGGAGCUCCAAAUGCUGGAAAGAGCACUCUUUUGAGUGCUAUUAGUGCUGCCAAGCCAACUAUAGCCAACUACCCCUUUACCACAUUGCUACCAAAUCUUGGAGUAGUCUCAUUAGAUUUUGAUGCUACGAUGGUAGUUGCAGACCUUCCUGGCUUGCUGGAAGGUGCUCAUCGUGGGUAUGGUUUGGGCCAUGAGUUUUUAAGACACAGUGAGAGAUGUUCAGUCUUGGUGCAUGUAGUUGAUGGUUCAGGAGAACAACCAGAAUAUGAGUACGAGGCUGUCCGUUUGGAACUGGAGUUAUUUAGCCCAGCUUUGGUUGACAAACCUUAUAUAGUGGUGUACAAUAAGAUGGAUCUUCCAGAGGCAUCUGACAGAUGGAAUUCGUUCAGGGAAAAGCUACAGGCUCAAGGUUUUGAACCUUACUGCAUUAGUGCAUUAAACAGACAAGGAACACAAGAUGUUGUUUAUUCUGCCUACAAGAUUCUACAGAAAGAGAGGCGAAGGGUGAAAGAAGUCGAAGAAUGGAAUAACACUCAAAAUCUGAAUCAUGUGGCCGAUGCAAUAAAACGGGAAAGGAGUUCUGCCAUGAAUGAUUUUGAGAUUGUUCAUGACAAGGGCGCAAAUACAUGGACUGUUGUUGGAGCCGGAAUUGAACGGUUUGUUCAGAUGACCAAUUGGGAUUACACGGAGUCCUUGAAAAGAUUCCAGCAUGUUUUGGAGGCAUGCGGUGUCAACAAAACUCUUGUCAAACUUGGAGUUAAGGAGGGCGAUACGGUAGUUAUUGGUGAGAUGGAAAUGUUUUGGAACGAAGAGCCCAAGCGGGUCGCGGCGAGGACGAUGAUCUCAAGAGAAGACGAUGCUGUUAGAUGGCCUAAAUUCAGUUAGAUGAGGCGAUAAUCCUCGACAGUGGCAGAGGUGGACACAUCAAGCGCAAGGGGAAAGGCAAUUUCCCGUCCACGGUUCUGCCAUCUCUGCGGCACGGGUAGCGGCUACUGGCAGCUGGUUUUCUCAGACACCGGGCACGAUAGAGGCGCUCUGUUGAAUCACUGGUCAGGCAGGUACAUGACCACCGAUCGGAUUGAUUUCGAACAGUUCUAGCUGGAUAGCUGUGCAGAGCAGAGUUCUUGACUGGGUAGCAACUAGUUUUUGUUUUGUUGCUCCAUUUUAGCAUACAUUGUAGUUGUAACAUUGGGUGAUCCCACCUCCAGUAAUGAAAUUUUGCAAACUGUGAUUACUUUCA